AUGAGAUCUUCUGAGGAGAGAGAGCAGCAACAACAACAGCAACAGCAACAACCACACACAACACCCACCACCACUCCAAUCUCAGCCACUAAAAAGAAAGAUCGGAAGCCAAUCAUCAAUUGGCUGAGUAAACGCCUUGGUAGACGCUCUUCCACUAAUGUUCCCCCUGCCCCCGGUUUUGCUUACGAUUACGAGCUACACGAUACGCCAAAGCCAUCUUCUAAGCGCAGGUCCACUCUCAAUGGCGUCGUCAACCACACCUCAUUCUCCACUAUCAAGCGAUCAAAUUACCCAGAAUCUUCAAUCGGCCCACACAACGGCGCAGACGAUGACGCAAGCUUAAAACCCCUCAAUAGCAAGAAGUCCAUCAGCUUCACUUCCAACUCCAUUGACAGCGAUCCAGAUACUCAUUCUCAUUCCACUCUUAACACCGAUCAUCCAGACAACGACGACGACGACAACGAAUCGAAUACUUUUAUUUCUAAAGCCAGUACUAAGCCAACUACUCUGCUAUCCAUCGAUCCACACGAUAGAUCCUCUUUAGAAUCUCAUCAAGUCGCUCAAAUCGCCCAGGCUUCUCCGUCUUCUCCUCAUUUUAAUCCGAACUCCUCUUACAACUCUCACAACGCCCAGAUCUCUUACAACACCCCUCCCACGUACACACGUCCUCAACUACACAACAAUCCACGUCCUCUCUCUCCCCCUAAUGACGACGCUUCAAUCAUGACUCUCGCUUCUUCAAACGCUGGAAGAAUUUACCACAAUGACAACUCAAAUUCUAUCACUAAAUCUAGCCUGCACUCCUCACUCAAACUCGAUGACGACGAAUUCUCCACUAGAGCUCUGGCACCUAACAGUCGCCGAGAAAGUUUCGAUUCAAACACCACUCAAUCUCUCCGUAGCUACAACAUUGGCACUAGUCCGCUCAAUCCUAUCCGCAGUCCUGAUUUAGUUUACAAUAAUCCUGCUUCUAAUUAUAAGAAGAGCUCUACUACUAUUGCUACCACUGCUGCUAGUUUCAUCACAGCCUCUGAGAGGAGGCAGUCGAUCGAUUCUGCUAGUUAG